CAAACCCCACACACAUUCACUCUCUCUCUCUCACUAAACAAUUUCACCUUCAUCUUCUUCUCCUCCUUUCUCUCUCUAAAUUCCCACCAUUUCCAUGGCUGCAACUCGUGAAGGUCAUUACAGAGGAGUAAGAAAGCGUCCAUGGGGUCGUUACGCAGCUGAGAUACGUGACCCUUGGAAGAAGACACGUGUUUGGUUAGGCACUUUUGAUACACCUGAAGAAGCUGCUCUUGCUUACGACGGCGCCGCUCGUUCUCUCCGCGGUGCUAAAGCCAGAACCAACUUCCCGGCGGCGCCUCCUCUUCCUUUUGACCUCAACCUUAAUCCCUCAGUUGAUCAUCAUCACCGAUUGACUUCUUCUUCGUCCUCCGCCCGUAGGCUUAUGAAUAUAGGAGAGUUCUUACAAGUUGGUCAUCCAGUACUCAAAGACGUCGUUGGACCGCCGCCGCCUCCAGUAUUUAACUUGCCGGUCUCCGGCGUAGCUCCGGCAAAGGAGAAUGAGAGUGGCCCCGCCGCCAAGUAUUUUGGGAUUGUGAGACGUGGGUUGCCUAUUGACUUGAAUGAACCGCCGCCGUUGUGGAUGUGAAGCCGGCUAUGACUUCUUAGUGUAAUUCCUAGUUUUCUUUUUUCGUUCUCUCUAUUUUCAAGCUUUUGAGAGAAGGGUAAGUUCUACUAAUGAAGAAAAGAAAAAAAAAGAGAAAAAGAAGUUUCCUUGAGGUAUUUAUGUUAUUACGUACGAGGAAGCAUUAUUAUGUAUAUACAUGUUUCUUGUAUUUUAGAUCCUUUUCUAUCUUUUUUGUAGAAUGGUUAUCAUAAAACUGUGCCCAAGACUUUGUGGUCUAAUUUCAUCGUUUUCUUGUGUUUCUGUA